AUGUGGUCGACUUCUUCUUUUUUGCCGUGGAAGGUCACGUGCGGCCGGGUGACGUGGUCGUCGGGCCAGUCGCUCAAAGGCCGGAAGUGUGAAGGCCGGGACUCUUGCAAGAACCCAGGCCACGGUCAGAAGCGAACUCACUUUACGCCCAACGAGCCGCUGGACCCAACAAUCAUCAAGUACAUCAACGAGUCGCUGGGAGGAUUGCAGAAGCAGUUUAUUCAGCUCGAGGCGACGGCGUGA